AUGGUGAAAGAUGGGCUCAUGUUGCUAGCCGGCUUGGCUGGCAUCGAAAUUGCGAGUGCCGACCUAGGAUUCGGAACCCACUACUGGAACAUUGAACUCGAUGCCGGAACGAAACUACUCAAGCUUUUCUACGCCGUUCAGCAGCUCUACAUCAUGAUUCAAGUCUUCGCCAAAAUCUCGAUUCUGUUGUUCUUCUCCCGAAUUUUCCCGGCAAAGUGGUUCCAGCUCACCGUCCGCUACUUCAUCAUGUUCUUGCUGCUACACGGGCUGAUAUUCCUCCUGGUCAUCGUGUUCCAAUGCACGCCGGUCUCUUCGGUCUGGGAUAGAAGCAACCCGAACCGGACAUGCCUCAACGUAACCGCCAUUGGAUACGCCGGAGCAGUCUUCAGUAUUGUGGAAGACUUGGUGAUCUUGGUCCUGCCUAUUCCCGAGUUGGUGAAGCUCCAGCUCAAUAUCAGGAAGAAAAUUGCGCUGGGCUUUAUGUUCAGCCUUGGCUCAUUGUGA